AUGAACGCACAGGUGGCUGCGGCUAGCCGAGCUCAAUUCGCCUUGUUGCGAGGAGCAAUGCCUGAGGCGCUCAAUUUGACAACCCAAGGCUCAUCAGCUUCCGUGAAUAAGCCUACGCUCCUUGAUGGUGCUUCAAAGGCGAAUAAGAUGUUCUCGAUGGUGCCGCAUUUCAUCGCCCGUCUUAUCCGACGCUUUGCCACUAAGGAGCAGCUGAACAUGAAGCGUGCCGCCCGUAGGCCCAACAAGGAGCUUCCUGUCAAUGAGAUGAAGACUACCUUGUUGCAAACUGAUCCAACAAAACUUCUGAAGAUGCUGCAAACGACGCAGGCUCCCCGGGCCGGGAAAGUUCCGACCCCUGAGCAGUUUGUCAACGGCUAUCGAUUGUUUGUCAGCAAGCUGGCUUCAAUGAAGCGUCCCGCGGGCGAAUCUGCUAGCCAGCCGCCGGCCAAGAAGAUUACUUCAAUGGAAAGUGGGCCAGUGGACAGCGUUUGGGUAGAGGCCCCGUCUGGUCGGCUGAUCUUCAAAGCUGGUCCCAAACUCAAGCAGCUUAGACGCGUGGUCUUCAGUCCACGCUCCGAGUGCCGUCAUCUGAGCCUUCAUCCCGUCCAGCUUCCGAAACAAUGGCUUGCCGUGCAGCCUUACCUUCGCCUUCUCAUCUCUCCAAUAUAUACCAAAUUUCUCAUAGAAAAUCCUGAUCUUUAU